AGGACAAGUCCGUUCGUAUUGGUAGAGAAAGUAUUGUGGCUACGGACUGGAUGGGUGACGAUGGCUGCAGAUAACGGUUGUCAUGGCAGCAAGCACACCAGCAGGAUUAUGGCGGCGGGACAGACUGACUAGAGGCCUCCGAGGCGGCGACAACUCUCCGUAAUCCUCCCGCCAGUAUCAGUAGAGGAUGCUGCAGCCUGGUAAUUACAGCCUGGUGCUUUCUCUCCAGUUCCUGCUGCUGAUAUAUGACUUAUUUGUGAAUUCCUUCUCAGAGCUGUUGCGAUCAGCACCAGUGAUUCAGCUAGUGCUUUUCAUAUUGCAGGAUGUGGGCACGUUAUUUGCAGCCAUUGUCCUGUUCCUUAUGCUGUUUAACACCUUCGUUUUCCAAGCCGGGCUCCUUGGCUUACUGUUUCAUCGCUUUCAGGUCACCGUCUUUCUCUGCACUCUUCACUUGGCCCUUAGCGUGUCAUUACAUGUGUGGAUCAUGAAUCUACGCUGGAAAAAUGGAAAUGUGUUUAUCUGGUCGGAUGGAUUGCAGGCGUUGUUUGUUCUGCAGAGAGUCGUGGCUGUGUUGUAUUUUUACUUCUACAAAAGGACCGCUCUAAAUCUGGGGGAUCCCUGCUACUACCGAGACUCUCUAUGGCUACGCAACGAGUUUGCACGAAUACGAGGUUGAACUUUUAUAACACCUAGAAAAGAUUUCUCUUGAUAGCGUUAACCGAGGAUGAGCCUCUGGCCACAGCUAUCCAGUUCUGCACAGGUAUGGAGGAGAGCACAGACUUUACUGCUUUGCGGACAAGUCAUGAAGUGUCUCUUCGGAUCCACUCAGGUCCACGGUGACCAGAACAAACAUUCCUGUUGUUGAACUGGUAUUUGAACUUGCUCAGUCAACAAUUUUUCCUAAGACUUUGCCUUAAAACCUUUCAAGUUCCAAAGAAGACACGUCUUUCGAAUUGUUUAAAAAUUCCAGUAUUUUCAGAUACUUAUAAAUUUGUAGAUUAUAUAUUUAAAACUCUUAAAUGGUAAAAUGUUGUUUUAAACAAGUGGAAUGUGCUUGUGUUUGUUUUUAUCUUUUUACAUUUGUGAUGAGUGCAGUGCAUAGAAUGUGGCUAUAUUUAUAUAUAUUUUUGUAAAUCUUUAAGUCUGUACAAAUAAACAAAAAUAUGAU